UGGAGGAGGAAGCGUUUACAUUGCUGCCGCCGACAACCUCUCGGAACCGACCGAGCGAGCGAGCGAGCGACCCGCCGGCCGGCCGGCGUCGUAUAUCUUCUCUCCAAAGGCAGUGAAGAGACGCCUUUCAUCCCACGUCCUCAAAGCGACAACACUUCCCCUCCCCACCCCGCAGCAUCAAAGAAGACGGACGGACGGAAGGACGGCACAUCUCGUUCAACGCGUUGACUUGGCGACACUUGUAUGCUCCGCUUCCCUUCGUCCAAAUUGCUCACAACGACCAACUCGGGGACGGAGAUCAGACGGUGGGAUGGAAACGCAGAUCCAUGUGCCUGUCGGUUCGCCGGUUAUAGCAAAGAUUCACGUUUUUGUAGACGAGCACAACGUGACGGAAGGAGCAUUGGAGAUCAUUAAAGAGCUGAGACCGGCGUGGGACACGAACCGUGUCAAGACCAAGUUCUUCACUGAAGGGACAACCAACAAACUGGUGGGCUGCUAUGUGGAGGAAAGUCCCCAACAUGUGGUCUUGGUGCGUGUUUAUGGGAACAAGACGGAGCUAAUUGUGGACAGAGACAAUGAGCUUAAAAGCUUUCAGGUGCUGCACGCUAACGGUUGCGCUCCCCGUCUUUACUGCACGUUUCAAAAUGGCAUCUGUUACGAAUACAUGCAGGGGGAAGCGCUCGGGCCUCGAGAUGUCAGGGAUCCUUCCUUGCUCAGACUGAUCGCCAGAGAGAUGGCUCAUAUCCACGCCAUCCAUGCGCAUAACGGAUGCAUCCCCAAAGCCAACCUGUGGAUUAAGAUGCAGAAAUAUUUCUCCCUCGUGGCGACGGAGUUCACAGAACAAGCUUCAAACAUCAGAAUCCAAAAAGAAGUGCCCAGCAAGGAAGUGCUGGAGCAGGAGAUGGUGUGGAUGAAGGAGCAUCUCUCCACCCUGGGAUCGCCUGUGGUGCUUUGCCACAAUGACCUGCUCUGCAAGAACAUCAUACACAACAGCAAAGAGGCUCAUGUUCGCUUCAUAGACUAUGAAUACUCCGGUUACAACUACCAGGCGUUUGACAUUGGCAACCACUUUAACGAAUUUGCAGGCAUGGCCGAUCUGGACUACGGGCUGUACCCGAGUCGGGAGAUGCAGAUGGACUGGCUCCGAUUCUACCUGCAAGCCUUUAAGCUUUUCACCAAGAAAACAGAAGAGGUCAGCGCUAAAGAACUGGAGACGCUCUAUGUGCAGGUCAACAAGUUUGCUCUGGCUUCUCACUUCUUUUGGGGUUUCUGGGCCCUCAUUCAAGCCAAAUACUCCUCCAUCGACUUUGACUUCCUGGGGUACGCUGUGUUGCGUUUCAACCAAUACUUUAAGAUCAAACCCACAGUGAUGGCCUUGCACAUUCCAGAGUGAGCCAAAACGGAGGCAGCCACGACAUCCGUGGCAGUCGUGGCAGUCGGAGCCAACGAUGAUUCGGACCACUGAUUUGUCCUCCCUCGUGGCACUUUGCCCUAAAGACUUGAUUCCUCCCUCCCUCCCUCCCUCCCUCCCCAAAUGUAGCUCAAUAUUUGUCUCUCUUACACUGGAGCUCUUGCUUCCAGGCAGCUGAGCUCUUGCGUGAUCUUUUGACAACUUUAUUCCUCUGAAUCAGUGCCUCAGCAGCCAUUAAGAACAAGUACUUAGGUGGACCAAUCAACAUUCGUCAGGUUGUGGAGUGAGAGUGCAUUUGACACCAUCCCUUCCUUUUGUUACCUCCACUCUGGUGCUAAGAUUCCGCUAAGCAGCCGCCGCUGCUUGUCGAUGUACCGAGUGUGAACGUGCAAAAUGGAAAAGCUUUUCAAUGCCUCGGAGCAAUCAAGGAGGGAAAACAUCUGUUCAUUUAUUGGAAGACUCGUGCAACUGCGUUGACUGUGCAAUGACGCUGCUGUAUGAAGUUGGAUGGGAUCUGACCUUAAACCGCUCCCCCCCCCCCCCCCCCCUACACCAUCUUGACUUUUAUGGUCACACUGAGCCAGCCGCUUGGUUGAACAUUCCUUCUGAACUUUUCAGACCAUGGAAAACCACCGCCUCGGCUCAGAAAAAGUCCUUGUGACUUGAAAACUGUGAUGCAAACCGUUUCAUCGACUUUCUUUUGAACGCACAAUAUCUGUGCUAAGUCCGCGUUUUUAAAGGCAUUCAUGUUGCACUGCCUCCAUAUGGACCACAAAGAGCGAGCAAGGGACCCGGUGUUUGUUCCAAAUGACUAAAUGUAGGGAAGGCUCUCGAUUUACGCCAACCUCCCUCUUCUUUUACACUGAGAUCGGCUCUUACCCCCCAAACCCUCCCCCCCUUUAGAUGGGUCGUUGGCAAGGGCGGUUGAGGUUUGUGCACGGAUACAGUUUGGGGGUUCAACAUGUUUCCCACCCAUACUAAAGUAAGUUAACAUUGCAACUGACAAUGAAUCAAAGAGUUGUUCUUUUGAGUGCUGACUCAGGGGGCAAAUUCUAAAAGCGAAAGACUGUUAACGUGUGCUUUUGAUUGGUCUUAUUUAUCGUGUUGAAAUCCUACUGAAACGCUUGGUGUGCUUGCAAACGCUUCAUUUGAGGUCCAGAUGUGAAGGAUCACUAUACACAUGAAGGAUGAUUUCUUUUUCCAAAUGGUUCGUCACCUUGACACGUAGCGCCGAUUCAUUGACGGCGACAGAUGAUGUAAAGAUGAAGGGUGUAAAUACUGUCAAAUGUUUGUGUCCAGUGAUUCUUUCCACCUUGGUGGGUGGGACUUGCAAGAUCUAUUUAACACGGAUUGGCUGUUGCUUAAUAAAAUGCAUCGAAUUAAAAAACA